AUGCCUGAGGCGUCCACUGGACUCAGAUCUGAACCUCCGCUUAUCGCUAGGCAUGACAAGCCAAUCCAGGAAAAGCCAGAGCUUCAACCUGUCGACACGUCUGAUUCUUUCGCCGCGGCCAGUCUCGAUGUGAAACUCUGGAUCGGGUUUCUUGUUGACACCGGAAGGGUUCCAGAUAGCUAUAAGAUCAAAAAGGGGUCUCCUACUCCCGAUGUUAACUUGAUCAAAGCGUUCAUCCGCUAUGGAUUAAAAAUGAUCUGA